GGAGAGCGGCGUGGGGCCGCCCUCCGGACAGCCGCGCUCUCAGGCCGCGGGGACGAGAGUAACAAUUUCAAGAUGUCAGGUGGUCCAAGAAUCUCGUUCAAUGCAAUUGAUUCUGCUCUUUCUUCUUUGAAAAACUGCCAGUCCUACAUCAACUCUGGAAUGGAUGUGGCUACUCAGGUUGCCCUUGACCUUGUGGAAAGUUUCAAUGAUGAAGAAGAUAUCAACAAUAUGGAAAAAGUCAUGUUAGAAUAUGCUAAAAUGGACAGAGAACUUAAUCAUUAUAUAAAAGCAUUUGAAGAAACCAUAAAUCAGGCUGCAGUAGGUGGAAUGCAGAAGGUGAGACAUACCAGCAUCCUCUUCUGGUUGAAUCAGCAGCCUGUUGAGCAAGAAGUGAGCAAUUGAAUCACAGUGUUUCCAACAAUAGGCUGUGGGAAAUCCUUUGUCUGUGGAAACUCCCUGUGCCACUAGAUUUUCUUGUACCUGUGUAAUGACUGGACUUCUGCUGCUUCUUCUUUCAUUUUAUGUUGGUAUUUUUAAAAGAAAUUUGCUAAUAUUCAGGUCCUUACCAUGGAAAGUGCAGGCAGCACUCUUAUUUUUAGUGUAACAACAAAAGACUGAUGGAGCUGCAGCAUCUCUUGCAGAAUUUUUUUAUACUCUUGAAACGGACCCAAAUGAUGGGAACCCCGGCUCAGGUGUUCCCCACUCUGACAGAAUUCUCAAAUGGCCAGAAUUCCAGCAUACUAUGUUGUCCCAAAUACGGAUUCUUUCACCCAGUGUGCAGGAAGGCAAUCUACACACAGAGUCAAGAUACUUGAUUUUAUUUCAUGUCUCUGCAGAGAACAGGUUCUAGGUGGUGAAUCCAUAAAGCUAAUGUCUUCGGUAUGCCAGGUGCUCAUUUUUAUACACUGUGAACAACAAAAAAAUUGGCAUUUCCUAUAUAUGUAACAACCUCACUGUGUAGUCAUUGGCUUUGCAUUCUCUUGUCUGCAUGUAAGACCCAGUGCACAUUUGUUUUAUUGUGCACGCUCUGAGGAAGUGGCUUUUAUGAGCAGGGGAUGGUCAUAGCCUAUGGACAGGCAUUUUACUGAAUUUACUUAAUGAGCACAACCUUCAAGCAAAGUUGUACUUGGCAUCGUAGUUGGAUUUUUUGUGUCCUCUGUUCUUGCUUCUUGGAUCAUGGCUCUUGGUUCCUGCAGGUUUAGUUUUCCUAUACUGUCUCAUGGUACUUAAUUUCAGCAAUUGUGCCUGCUCCCUUCCACUCUGCUCUCUGGAUUAGCAGGGAUGGUGGUGGUAGACUGAUCACUCUCAGCUUUUCAAGCAUUUGGUUUCUUCAGGACUGUAAAAGCUGGGGUAAAUUUUCUGAAGUCCCCAGACUUCUCUAGAUAAAAUGAAUUACAGUGUAUUAUAGAUCAAACUAGAGAACAAAGAAGACAAACCUAACUUCUAAAGUUACAUUAUUCCCACCUCUCUUUUCUUCUCCUUUACGGAAAGAGACUGGUUGAAAGAGUGCUAAGAAAGAUGUGGUGUUGAGCUGAAGAAAAGAUGGAAAUAUUACAUGUUGCAUUGGUGCUUGGGUUUUAUCCCUACUUCUGCUAGAGCUUUCCCACAUUGUUCUUGAUGAAUCAUAUCUGUCACUGUGUCAGUGGUUGCUGACAUCUUUGUUUUCUGAUCCUGCAUGGAAACUGGUUUGAACAAUUAUAAUUGUGAUUUAAUUCAAAGUUAAUUAAAGUUUGAACCCAGGAAGUGAAAUUAAAAUGUUAUUUGUUGGGAUUUAUCUGUAAAACUACAUACAAUUGAUGUAAGUAUGUCUUGAGGAUUUGAAGUCUGGAUGUCAUUUAUGCCUGUGUGACUUCACACCUUGUUAAGUGUUCAUUCUUCCUUUGCAAAGAUGAGCAGUGCAUCGUCUUCCUUGUACAAGAGUGAUUUUGUCUCUACAGGAUAUAUAGGAACUACUCUUAAAACUGUUUCAUAUUUUUGAUAGUAGUUCUUCCCUUUGGACUAGUAAGGUCAUUGGAGUGUGAGUAGGAGGGGAUGUUUGUUUGCUGGGUCAGUAAUUUAGAGCAGAUUACUUAGCACUGAGGUCUGUUAUCUUAGUGGAAAACUGUGCAGGUUGUAAUCCUGCAGAGGGAUAAUUCCCUUCAGUAAUGUAGGUCGUAUUUCAAGUGUCCAGCUUGUGAGUGAUCUAACAGCCUCUGCAGAAAAGUAAAGAAUCCUGUUUAAAACUGCUGGACAGUUAAAUCCAUGGCCUCUGAUUUGCAACGUGUAUAGCAGAAUUCUAGUUUCCUCACUUAAAACUCAUAGUAUAAUGCUGUAGUGACUGGUAUGUCUUCCUUGGUUUCAUAAAAAUGAAAGGGACUUAACAUCUUUGUUAACCAGCAUCUGCCAGCUUAACUUUAUAGGCCAGGAAUUGUACUGGGGAAGGUUCUUCCAAUAUGUCCAAGUUGUCUCUUUUGACAAUGCAAACUGAAGCAACAAAACACUUCUGCAGUGGUAGCUCCAGUUGCAGUGUGCUCUUUGAAGGAACAGCAAGGUCAAGCAGAGGAUGUGAUUCCAGCCAGCUCCCACCUUCAUUGGCUCAGCUAUGGCAGCAGAACUAAUGUAACAACCAAGUUCAGUGUAUGUGGCAAGUGCCAGCAGGGUCAUCAGUGACUGCUGUUGCCAGUUAGACACAGGGCUGUACUUAAAAAUCAGAUUUUUAGUUUUCUGUAGAGAUAAGUACCAGUAAGACUGUGAAUCCCAAGGGAUUCAUGUGUUUUAGCUGAAUCAGGGCUCUCUGACAGUGACUGGCACUGUGACACCCAUUACAGUGUUGUCAGUGAAGCAAUUUUUGACAUGGAACUUUCUAGUUUCAUGGAACAAACAGCCUUGUUUAGUGCUGACAGUUUCUUAAUAAGCACUUUGCUCUUCUUUUUUCCUCUUGCUACACUGUCAUGAGAACAUGUUUUAGGGCAAAAUCCACUGAUGAUAUCCAUAUCUGCAACUGUGACCUUCACUCUACAACUGAGCUCAGAGCAUUUCCUCUGACAUCAGUGUUUCUUGAUUCUGAAAUAUUGCUGCUAGCCAUGAAAAUUUUGGGACCUUCUUUUUAUCAAAAAGGUCCUCUGUCCCACAGAAUUUUCUCAGGAAGGUCUUUGUGAAGCACCAGAAAAAUGGGUUUAGUGGAAUGGAUAUAUCUUUUCUUGGGCUGGCAGGGAGAAUAAAAGAACUCUUAUAGUCUUUUGCUGCAUUUAUCCUGACUCUCUAAUUGUAAAAGCAAGUGAUUCUAUCUUGAAAUUCACUCAGAGCAUACUGAAGAGCACCAUCAGCAGCAAUAAGUCAAAACCCUGGUGAAAGAUGUACCAGUGACAACGUCUUUGGAGAUUUUUGGAGAACUUGCUUAAUCUUUGGAGGUGUUUUUAACAAUGGAUGUCCUCUUGCCGUUAUUUUGGUACCUUGAAUUCUAAUUGGAAUUCCUCUUUAGUGCUUGUUUACUUGCUAUCUAUUAAUGAAGCCACUUCAGAUUGAUCAUUCAUCUUACAGAAUAAGCAAAAUUUAGACAUUGGAUUAAAUCCUUAUAAUAACUUGGGCAGGAUAGUAGAAGAAGAUAAUAUGUGACUCCUUAAUUAUGUCUCUGCAUCUAUCUCUAAAUAUAAUGCCACAGGACUUAUUAAAACUUGUACAGGCAAGCUUAUUUCUAGCAUUAGAUGGCUAUGGAGUUUUUUAACAUUUUAAUGCUUUUUCAGUAUAACAUCUUUGAUAGAAUUUCUGAUCAAUAGUGUAUUUCUUGGUCUGUCCUAUUUCCAUCUCCAAACAGUAAUUCAAAUAAUGCAGCACUGUUGUAGGCAUGUACUCUGCUUCCUGCAGAAACUGGGACAGAGAUGCAUUUAAACACGUUUCUAAUAUUUACUUUAUACUAUUUGCUUUACUUUUUUGUGUGUCUCUGUAUGUGUUGGACUAAGCAUUUGAUGGAAGCUGCUUUUUUAUUUUCCAAGAAUUAGUGACCUGUGUGUGUAGUUCUCAACAGUGUCAACAUUUGGUGAGCUGCAAUUAAAAUAUUUUUUAGUGAGCAGCAUAUAAAGAAGUAGGAGUAGUGUUUUAUUUUAUGUGGGUUAUAUAGCAAUCCUCAGUAGCGUGUCUUAGUGUCUCCUAGCAAGCACAGAAAUGUAUCCUGCUUUUUGGAGAGUAAACCCUGGAAACUCUUGCAUAUGGACAUAGGUUUGUUUGAAUUCACUGUGGUUGCUUACAUUGGUCAAGCUAAACAUUUCCCUAAAUAUUUGCAGUGUCAACAUGGUAGUUGCUGAAAUGGCCCUUGGCUUGUGUGGUUAGAAGUGGGGCAGAAGAGGCCACAGCUGGUUUGCAGUGAAAAUUUGGGUGAAAAGAAAUGUUCUGGACCUACAGCCAUCACAUGGAUCUGGGACCUCUGUAGAUAUGGUGGCAGCAGGGGUAGUAUUAAGAACAAAUGUGCCAAAGAAGUCCUGGAAACCACAUAGUAAUUUGAAAAGUGUAUUUGCUAUGUUGGGCAGCAGUGCUGCCCAGUAGGUAGCAAACUAGCCUGAGAUUAAGGAGGACUGGAUUCUAUUUUCAGGUCUACUAGCAGCUUGUGUGGUUGACCUUGACAAAUUGUUUCACUCUGUUCUUUGGGCUGUGGUCCUGUGUUCUCUAAUGCUGCAUUUACGCAGUACCAAAUCACCUGGUAGCACAUUCUCAUCAAGUAUACCAGAUCACAUGAUACUGUUUAUGCUGGCUGUAUUCUGGCUGCAGGACAGACACUACCUGAUGGAGCAUAACUGUGCAAAAUUAGAAUUGGCAGAGUGGGUUACACUCAGUCGGUGUGUCAUGCAGCUGUGGUGGUUUUGAUCUCAUAUGAGACAUCCCGAAACUGAAUUUACCGUCUCACUCAACCACGAUCUUAGUCAUGUGGACAGCAUCCCAUAUCACUGUCUGUAAAGAGAUUUAUUUUCUUUUCUACCUGAAGGAUUCAAAGCUAUUUGAAUUCAGUUUUUAAUGAUUUUAUUUUAACACUGAAGAUUGCAACUGGCAGUCUGAACAUUUUCUGAAAUUACAGAAGGUCACACAUAGUACAACUAAGAGUCUCUGUGAUUUGUAUCCCUGCUUUUCUAGGCAGUCUGCAUUUCAGAGUCAAUGUGAGUUAACUCUCUCUGGUUUAGCCUAGCCUAGAGAAAGAAGAUAAAAUUUUGAGAUGUAAUGAAACUCGUAGGU